AUGUCGUACAACGGGAAGCCAGCUGAAAUGUUCUGGAAGCCGGGGGACGCACGGCCCCAUUCGGACGAGGAGCCGUUCAUGGACAAGUUCCGCCAGGCUGCGAACAAGCGUUACGGGGUCAACCUGAAGGACUACUGGGAGUUCCACACCUGGAGCGUCAAGGAGCACGCCAAGUUUAUGGACCUCGCAUGGGACUAUCUCGGUCUCAUCGGCGAGCGCGGAGACGGACCUGCCUUUAUCCCAGGAGUACCAAUGGACCAGGAGCAGCCCUACUUCCCAACGGCGCGGAUCAACGUCGCGGAGAACCUUUUGCUUGCGCACAAGUCGGCUCUCAGCAAGACCAAGUACGCGAUGAUUGCGACGGUCGAGGGUGACCCGGCGAGCGGGAGCAAGGAGCCCAAGGAGACCCGGCGUAUCUCGUACUACGAGCUGUACCACGAGGUACGCAAGGCGUCGCAUGCGCUUCGCAAAAUGGGCGUCAAGCCUGGAGAGAGCGUCGUGAGCUUUGCGGCGACCAACUGCGAGAUGCUUGUCGUGUUCAUGGCCGCGGUCGCUAUCGGCGCCAUCUUCUCGUCCACGCCCGCCGAGUUUGGCGUCAAUGCCGUGCUCGACCGCUACGACAUUAUCAAGCCGCGCGUGCUCUUCACCAUUGACGCGUAUCGUUACAACGGCAAGGAGCACGACGUGUCUGAGCGCGCGCGUGAGGUCGUCCGUCGCCUUGGCGGCAUCGAGCACGUCGUCUGCAUCGGACAUCUCAACGAGAGCCGCGAGCCCUCCCUCGACUCGCUCAAGGGGUACCCCGACGGACCGGCGAUUCACACCUGGCACGGCUUCCUGGGGCAGGGCAACGAUGCUCCAAAGAAGAUUGACUUUGCGCGAAUGCCGUUCAACCACCCCAUGUGGAUCGUCUUCUCGUCUGGUACGACGGGCAAGCCCAAAAGCAUCAUGGGGCCUGGCGGUGGCGUCAUGCUCAUGCGCAAACUCGUAUACACUGUGCACUUUAACAUGGACCACCGGGACAGUUAUCUCCAGUUUGCGACAAUGGGGUGGAUCGUCUGGAACAUGCACAUCAUGUGGACAACGAUCGGUGGCACCGUUGUCGCAUACGACGGCUCGCCGUUCUACCCACAGGAGGUAUUGUGGCGCCUCAUCGAAAAGUACAAGGUGACACAGCUCGGCGCGUCUCCGCGCUACCUCCAGACGUUGGACAAGGACGGCUUCAAGCCUAGCUCUGGGCGCGACGUGUCGUCGCUUGCCCAGAUCUACACUACUGGAGCGCCCGUUACCCCGACCGUGUACGAGUACAUCAAGCGCGAAAUCCCAUGGGUGUUCCUUAACAACGCGUCUGGCGGUACCGAGCUUGGCGGGAGUGCGCUCCAGUCCAACCACACCAUGCCCAUGUACAAGGGUGAGCUCAUGGGACCCGUGCUCGGCGUCGAUGUGAUUGCAGCGGCACCCGACGGCCGGGCUCUCGCGGGCGAGGAGGGCACUAUGGUGUUCCGUUCGCCUUUCCCCAACAUGCCCUACGAGUUCGCUGGCAACCCCAAGGAAUCGCGCGAGCGCUACGUCGACACCUACUUCUCUGACUGGACGAACCCGCCCAUGUUCAACAUGAACGACAGCGUGUAUCUUAACCCCGAAACGAGGGGUUGGAACGUCCUGGGCCGCGCCGACGGCGUCCUCAACCCCUCGGGUGUGCGCUUCGGCUCGAGCGAGUUGUAUUACAUCAUCGAGAAGGACUUUGGCAACGACAUCGAGGACUCGAUCGCCGUCGGUCAGAAGAUGGGGGACGACGAGCGCGUUCUCCUCUUCAUCAAGACAAUUGGCGAUAAGCCACUGUCACCUGAGCUCACCGGCCGCCUCAAGAAGGCGAUCGCCAACGGGCUCUCGCGCCGCCACGUUCCCGAAAUCAUUGCCCAGUGCCCCGGUGUCCCUGUCACUGCAACCGGCAAGAAGCUGGAACCAUCCGUCAAGAAGAUUGUCAACGGCGUGUCGCUGGCCAAGAUCAACCGCACGGGCGUCGCCAACCCAGAGCUGUACCCAUGGUUCGAGGCGUGGACCGCGGCGCACUCGGGCAAGAAGCAGGCCCGUCUGUAG